AAAAAAUGCUAGACCCUCCCCCUUUUCUCUCCCUCUCUCUCUCUCUAUCUCCCUCUUGCCCCUGUGUCCUAUCUCGCAGAGAGAGAUGAUCGGAGGAGCGGAGUCUCAGUGAACACAGCGAAGCGAUGGAGAGAUGCUCCAUCUCUCCUGUCGCACGACUGACUGCCCUCCGCUGCCUCAUUUCCCUCCUCCUGGUUGCUCUGGUGACACAGCCCUCCACCUGUAACCGUGACGAGGGCGAGGAGCAGGUGGACGCCCUGUCGGUCCAGCUGUCCGUCACGGCCCAGGUCACACCCACCCCUCUGUGGGCGGUGGUCUGGGGGCCCACGCAGACCCUGGAGGAUGAGACCUACCACUUCCUCUCCAGCCAAGAAACCGACCCCCUGCUGCACCAGCAUGGGAGCCAGCAGGAGGCCAGCACCGCCACGUCCGAGGACUGGCCUUAUCCUGACGCAAGCGUACAGCCCCGAGAGGAGGCACCGCUGGAGUCUAGGGACCAGGAGGGAGUGGAGAAUGGAGGGACGGAGGCGGAGGAGACGGAGCCUGAGGAAGUGGACCCUCAGUUCUACGUCACCGUGACCAUCUCCUCGCUGCUCAUCUUGACGGCAGUCGUCAUUACAGCCAAACUCUGUUACGAUCGCAGCUGUUCCCAGCAUCCACCCCCGCUUUCCCGUGGCGUGGCUCCCCCCCUCUCCCUCGCGCUCCCUCGUUCCCUCGCUUCGGAGGACAGCCGGCAGACGUUGCACAGCACCUCCUCCUCCUUCACCGACAGGGAGAGGUAAUGAGUCGCCUCUCCUCGGCUCUGCACACUCCGAGUGUGUGUGUGUGUGUGUGUGUGUGUGUGUGUGUGUGUGUGUGUGUGUGUGUCUCCAUGCACCUCUGGACUCAAGUUUGCUUCUUUGCGUGAGUGUGUGAAGCAGCCUCAUUGCCUCUUUUGCGUGCAUUGUGAGGAUGUACAGAGUGUAAUUGGACAGUAGUGCUAUUCUCUGUGGAGUAUUCUGGGCUGGAGUGUUGGUGCUGCUCUCACUGUAUCAGUGUUUUAAACUCCCUCUCCAGAUGAGUCAUCGUGGGCCUAUGAAAAGGCGCCCAGCCGCCGUCCAUGAAAUGAUGCUUUUAUUUGAGGGUAUUUAAAGUUAAUCUCAAUCCGGAUAAUUAUAGUUCUGUACUCCAGUGCUCCCUCUCACUUCCUCCCCCCCAUCAGCUUUUCCUCCACCUUCCUCCUUUUCCUCCUUCUCUUCCGUCUCUUCCCCCCGCCGCCCUCUCAGUCCCCUGUGAUGCAGCUUUCCGUUUGCGUGUACACCACUUUUCCAGCUUCAGGCCACUCUGCUCCACUUCUCUUUUUCUGUCUUUCCUCCCAACAUCAGGGCUCCCAAGUUUCCCACAACACCCUCCACUCCUCCAUUUUCCUCCUCCUUUCUGGCUCACUCUUCUCCUCUGUUCUCUUGCUGUGUCAGGAUCCCAGUUGUGAACCUCUGAGGUGACUGUUUUUCCAUACGGUAAACAUUUCUACGGGCCUGAGGAGGAACAUCAACAUGACCAGAGGAUGUGCCCGCAGCGCCUUUUUUGUCUCUGAAACUGUGAAAUGAAUUCAGGGAUCCCAGGUAUCCAGCCAUCACAAAACUCCUCGGCUCCCCUGGGGUCUAAAAAACCCAAACCCAUCUCCCCGCAGCUCCCUCCUUCCUUCCGUCCUUCCUCUGUGCUCGGUGUAAAUUUCUUUUAUGUGGCUCUGCGUCACUGUAACCUGCUCCCUGUUUUCCAUCCCCCGUAUGGCCCCGAGCUCUGCCAAGCUACCCAACCGCUCUGCGCUUCGACCCGCCAUGACUAAUUCACAAACAAGCAGUUUAACAGCCAUGCAACAUCCCAUUACCCCUGAAAUGCCCUACCUGUGCUUCCACAACUGUUACCAGUGAUUCAGCUGCACAUGUGAAGCUGUUCAGUGUCAGAUCUAAUCCAGCAGACGGUUCUGUCAUGAAAUGACACUCAAAUUCAGUUCAGUUUAGCAGGCUUCUAUCGGGUUUGCAAAUGGUUAAAAAGCCAUUCUCAGUAUCUCCAAACACUGAAAGGGGUAUUUCACAAAGCUGUUUGGCACGGCUGUGGCCAACAGGCAAUGUGUUUAACAUGUCACGCUCCAAAAACUGCUGUUUAUUCCCCGCUUUGGGCGCCUGAAAUGCAAAUAGUGUGGCUUUUUUCCUCUGCAGCGUGUAGAGGAGUCUGUUUUGUUUCAGUUUUCCUCAUGAUUUGUUCUCUUAAUUAUCUGGCUUACAUUCACCUGUUUGUCGAGCCUUUGCGAGCACUCUUUGUUCCUGCUGGACUGUGCAGAGGUGCGUUAAGCAUAGAGUACUUCCAGUGGUGGAGAUAAAAUAUUCAGAACAGGAAUGGAUAGAAGAGGCAUUCCUGUUGAAAAUCAAUGAUUCCCAAAGGUUUUGGAUGCCGCACAACAAAGACGGAUUUAUGUCGUCAUGGAAAUGAGAAUCUGUGAACUGUAUGCGUGAUCAAAGGACUAAUGUUACCGCAACAAGGAUUUUUUUCCACCUGACAGCCAAGUAUCUCAAUCUGGAAAACAAAACCACCGUCAUCUCCUCUCAUAUCAUUAUCAAGUCACUGUAUAUCCGCUGUCAUUGGUGCACCAAAGCAAAGUAGUACAUCAAGGAGCAUCAUUUCUGUCUCCCCAAUGAAUCUGCAUGUAUAAAGUAAGAAAACCUGUGAGAGUUGCUUCAGAUCUAUUAUUUAUAAAUGUCUAUUUUAUCUAUCAGUGAGUGAUAUCUUACAAAACCUUUCAAAGCCAAAUGUCAGUUUGUGUUUGGCAACUUUUCUAAGCAUCUUUGAGACAUGAACCCUCCAACUUACACACAUUUCCACUACAGACAUAGUGCUGGUGGCAUCAUGCGUGGCUCGUGCAAUCCUCCAGAUACCCUGUCUUGUGAUUUUCAGUAGCAAUUCCUGUAGAAAUGUGGUCUUUCUGU